AUGGCCUCGUCAGCUGCCCCUCCCGGGGUCGUCGAUCCCACCAAGCCCAAGAGCUACCCGGUCAUCCUCAGCGAUGCUCUCCUCGGGAAGUCGUCCAAGGAGGCUCUGACCGCUAUCAGAUACAACCACAAGCCCGAGCUAUCAUCAGACACGGGCCCCAAUGAGGCCGAGCUGAAGCCCUCCCCAUCCGACGACGACACUUUCAACAUGUCCUUCUACGAGAACGGAGGCAAGUACGCAUACAACGGCGCGCGAUCCGCCAAGGAGAACCAAUAUGUUCUGAUCUUCGACCCGGAGCGCAAGGCCUUUGUGCUGCACCGCAUGGACUCCAUGUUCCACAUGAACCUCGCCCGGACCCCCUACAACAGCGACGCCCAGGAGCUCAAGGAAAAAUACCCUCACAUCGACAGUAACGUCCGGCCCACGACGGACAAGAAGAUGGGCAAGGGAGCGACCGUCAAGGCGCGAGAGAACGGAAACAAGAAGGCUAGCGCAGACAGCAAGAAGAAGGAGCCCCCUGCGGCCAAGGCCGAGCCGCCCGAGGCGGAGGCCAAGUCGUCGCAGAAGUCCCAGGCCGACAAGGACAACAAGCCGAAGAAGCAGCAGCGGAACCGUUCACCGGCGGAGUCGGACGUGGACGACGACGAGGACGGCGACGGCGGCCUGCUGGUCGAGUACCCGGACCCGGCGCCGUCGGCGCCCACCCGCGGCCAGGACUUUAGCCCGGCGUUCCCAACGGCGAUCCGUCGUUUCUCCGAGUUCGUGCGCGACGAGGGCCCGGAGUCGGACGAGGACGCGGACGCCGAGUACGACGAGGAGGACAUCCUGGGCGAGGAGGACGACGACGUCUCGGGCGAGGGCGGCGAGGGCGUCACCGGCUUCAAGCUGCCCAGCCCCGUGGUCGGCGGCGGUGCUGGUGGCGCGCCGCCGCCAGCCGAUGACGAUGGGAACGACGACUUCGGGGACCUCGACUUUGAGAAGGAGCUGGAGAAGGAGCUCGAGCAGGACCUCGAGCAGGACUUUGGUGGCAUGGAGGUUGAUGACGGUGGAGAUGCGGAGAGCGAUGUCAGUGAGGAGGACUGA